AUGCGCGAGCUCAUGGUGACGAGGUCUUCUUCCCACUGUUUUUUCAGUUCUGGGGUGUUGAGGAUCAACGACACGAUUUUGGCUCCGUACGCUGGCGGGUUCGACAGCUCGGACCGGACGAUCUUGGACAGCUGCGACAGAACGGCCUUGUUGAGUGCGGCGUCGUGGUCUGGCAACACCACGUGCACUGCGCCGACCCGUUCGCCGUACAUGCCUGCGUUCUUAGCAAACGACUGGCAGACCACGAUCGGGAACCGGUACUGUUUGUCCACGGCCUCGCGCACGGCCCACGCGUCUUUUUCGAGCGAGCCCGACGAAAAGCCCUGGUACGCCGAGUCGAACAGAGCCAAAUGGCCGCCCUGUUCCACAGCCUUGAGGAUCUUGAGCCAUUGGUCAGGGGUCGGGUCCAGUCCUGUUGGGUUGUGCGCUGUGGCGUGCAACAGGAACACAGACCCUUGUGGGGCCUUCUUAAUUGCGUCCAGGAACCCGUCCAGGUCCAGCGACUUGGUUUUCGCGUCCCAAUACGGGUACGUAGCAAUUUUCAGUCCAAUGUACUCAAAUAGCUGGAUAUGGUUGGCCCAAGUUGGCUGCGAAACGUAG